CGCUCAGUUCGUGUCUCGCCGGCUGUCGGAGUUUGUCUCAGCUGGCAGAGCUACCAGAGACUCAUCAGCUCCUCAGACAGACCUGCAGAGACUUCGCCGACAGAGAACUGGCGCCCAUCGCUGCCAAACUGGACAAAGACCAGUCCUACCCCGCCAAGCAGAUUGAGGAGCUGGGGGCGAUGGGGGUGAUGGCCAUCGAGGUCCCGGAGGAGCUGGGAGGGACGGGGAUGGACUAUCUGGCGUACAGUCUGGCUCUGGAGGAGAUCAGCAGAGGCUGCGCCAGCACCGGCGUGGUGGUGUCUGUGAAUAAUUCUCUCUACAUCGGGCCGAUUCUGAAGAACGGCACAGAGGAGCAGAAGAAGCAGUGGAUCACGCCGUUCACCACCGGAGAGAAGGUGGGCUGCUUCGCCCUCAGCGAGCCGGGUAACGGCAGCGAUGCGGGUGCGGCGUCCACGGUGGCCCGUCAGGAGGGAGACGAGUGGGUGCUGAACGGGACCAAAGCGUGGAUCACCAACAGCUGGGACGCCUCGGCCACCAUCGUGUUCGCCACCACGGACAAGAAACUCAAACACAAGGGCAUCAGCGCCUUCCUGAUCCCGAUGCCACACCCGGGGCUGUCUCUGGGCAAGAAAGAGGACAAGCUGGGCAUCAAAGCCUCGUCCACCGCCAACAUCAUCCUGGAGGACUGCAGGAUACCGCUGGGCAACAUGCUGGGCCCCCGAGGAGCCGGAUUCAAGAUCGCCAUGCAAACCCUGGACAGCGGGCGGAUCGGCAUCGCGGCUCAGGCUCUCGGCAUCGCUCAGGCCUCUCUGGACUGCGCCGCAGACUACGCACACAAACGCACCGCUUUCGGAGCGCCCAUCGGCAAGCUGCCGGCCAUCCAGUUCAAACUGGCCGACAUGGCUGUGGCAAUAGAGAGCGCCCGUCUGCUCACCUGGAAGGCUUCACUUCUUCGAGACUCAAAGAAACCCUUCACCAAG